AACCAUUAAAAAAGCUUGAAAAAAAGGAUCUCCUGAAUCCAAUUGCCCUCUGCCGGUCCUCAACCUCCGCCGUGCUCCGCCGCAUCCUACCGGAAACAACAAAACAUGGUGGUGGCUUCCGGUACCAACUCCUUCGCUAAGGAGAUGACCAUCCGUAAACGUAUCGGCAACAUAUUUAAUAAACGAGUGGAGGAUUUUCCAUCAUUAAGAGAUUAUAACGACUACUUAGAGGAAGUUGAGGACAUGACUGUAAACUUGGUUGAAGGAAUAGACGUACCGGCUAUUGAAGCAAGGAUUGGUCAGUACCAAAGAGAAAAUGCAGAACAAAUAAUGAACGCUCAAGCUCGUAAGGCUGAAGAAUUUGCAGCAGCGCUUGCAGCAAGCAAGGGACAACCCGUACAGACUGAUGUUGAUAUGACCACAGGCCCAGCCUCUCAAUUCGGGGUGGCAACCUCAGACGGGCAUUAUGUCCCUGCAGUUGCCGGAGGAACAAUCCCGCAACCCCGACCCACACAACCGCUCCCAAUGGGUUCCGGGGAUGACCUGCAUGCAUAUCAUAUGGAUGACGAAGAAACGAUGAGACUAAAAGCAGAACGAGGCGGGAAAGCUGGUGGUUGGAGCUUAGAAAUAAGCAGAAAACGAGCCCUUGAGGAAGCUUUCGCUAGCAUUUGGAUCUAAACUUGCAAUUAAUUUCAUAUUUUCAACUUGAUAAUUCUAAGAGUGUAAAGAUUACAGGUGAUCGUGGUUCUCGACUUAUGGCUGAGUAAGCCCAUGCAGUUCAACUUCAAGUUUGUCCCCGCGUAACCUCACCGAGUGUUGAAGAUCGCCCGCCUUUGGUCGGAACAUGUGUAACAAUUUUGAUUAAUUUUGUAAUUCAGAAGUGUUUAACUAUGGAGAUGAGUUAUAUUGGUUAUUGGAUUAAAGUUUGUUUGUGCCUCCAAUUGGAAAA